AUGGCAUUGAACGAGACAGCCAACGUUCGACGUACGGUGUUAAUCACGGGCAGCACUGAUCCGCUAGCAAUCGGCUUUAUGGCUGCUUUCCUCCUGGCGAGCCAGCACAAAUUUUCCGUCAUCCUCAGCGGUCGGCGUGAGGAAUCGGUGCAAGAGGGCAUAAAGGCGCUUCGCGAGAAGCUUCCGCCCAUGGCUAGCGUCCAAGGAGUCGUACUAGAUGUCAACGACCCCGCAUCAAUCAACACGGCAAUCGAGCAGCUUUCCGUUGCAUCAGGACCUUUGCAAGGCGGACCGUUGGACGUGCUGAUCAACAAUGCUGGUGUUGGCGCCCCACCCGGUCGUGCCGGGAAGGGCAGCGAUAACAUGUUUUUGCAGGUGGAGCUCACGACAGCGCAAGACAUGGUCGAUGUGCUCACCACCAACGUCGCUGGUCCCGUCGCCGUGACCAACGCGUUGCUUCCUCUCCUUGCCAAAUCUGAUAGGCCCAGAAUCGUCAACAUCUCAUCCGCAAGAGGAUCGCUCGAAUUUGCAAGUGGACUGGAGGCGGCCAGGACGGGUGCCAUGGUGUACAACACCUCCAAGGCGGCUCUCAACAUGGUCACCGUCAUGCAGUCCAAGAACUUGCCGCAGCUUACCAAGGCAAACCUCAAAGUCAAUGCAGCUUCACCUGGGCACGUCAAGACGCCCUUCAACAACUUCACCGGGCUGCGCACCUUGGAGGAGGGAGCAGCCGUCUACGUCCACCUUGCCACGCUUGCCGACGACGGUCCCACUGGACAGCUUAUCGGAAAUCACGCUCCUUUCGCUUCAGAUGGACGUUUCGUUCAGAUUCCAUGGUAA